CCGGAAGUUGUUGUCAAGUGUCAGAAGCGCUGCCAGCAUCCAACAAACAUCCAGAAGUAUGUCUUUACUUUUCUCCCUUUAAAGACGUAGACGUUUAAAACCAACUCUGGAGGAGGCCGUCGCCUUGUUGGAACUCUAUUUAGUUGUAAUGAUAAUUUCAUUUUCCUGGGCUAUUUAUUUUAUAUUCGUGUCGAAGCCAUUGUUUGGGAAAAACUAGCUAACGUUAGCAAUGGGUCGAUGACACAGACUGCACUGCACCACAAGAGUUUGACCCAACACCGCCCGGUGCUUGCACUGGGGAAGGAGUGAAGAGGCCAAAAUGGAUUUCUCCAAAUUCCUGGACGAUGAUUUUGAUGUGAAAGACUGGGUGAACGGCGCCUUCAAGGUGGUGCAGAAGGACGCUCCGGGGAAGGCGGAUACACACGCAGCCACGCUGGUCAUGAAACUGCAGCUGUUCAUCCAGGAAGUCAACAAUGCCAUUGAGGAGAGCAGUAAUCAGGCGCUCCAAAAUAUGCCCAGAGUGCUGCGGGAUGUGGAGGCUUUGAAACAGGAAGCGUCUUUCCUCAAGGAGCAAAUGGUUCUGGUCAAAGAGGACAUCAAGAAGUUUGAGCAGGACACCGUGCAGUCUAUGCAGGUCCUGGUGGAGAUAGAUCAAGUGAAGAGCCGCAUGCAGUCGGCAGCUGAAGCUCUGCAGGAGGCAGACAAAUGGAGCACGCUGAGUGCAGACAUUGAGGAGACCUUCAAAACACAGGAUCUUGCAGUCAUUUCCUCCAAGCUGACCAGCAUGCAGAACAGCCUGGCCAUGUUGGUGGACACACCGGACUACUCUGAAAAGUGUGUCCACCUGGAGGCUCUGAAAAACAGACUGGAGGCCUUGGCCAGCCCACAGAUAGUAGCAACCUUUAAUUCUAUGUCUACAGACCAAGCCAAGCUGUUUGUUAAAGUCUUCACAGAGAUAGAUAGAAUGCCACAGCUGCUUGCCUACUACUACAAGUGUCACAAGGGUCAGUUGGUGAGCAUGUGGCAGGAUCUCUCACAGAGCGAGCUCAGUCUGAAUCAGCAGCUGUCUGAAUUCUACGACACCUUGCUGUCGUCGUGGCACUCUCAACUACAGUGGAGCAGCCAGGUGUUCAAGAACCCGUAUGAGGUGGUGACAGUGUUGCUGAUCCAAACUCUUGGGGCCAUGGUCCCAUCCAUCCCUGUGUGCUUGAGCUCAGCCGUGGAACGUGCAGCCCAAGAGCAACGCCUCGACACGCUGCUUGAACUCCAUCACACCACGUCCACCUUCGGACACAGCCUGGAGGCUGCCAUGCUGCCCCACCUGGGUGAGAAUAAUCUGCUGAAGGUGAAUGAGCUGGUGUGCGCGCUGUAUGACCCCUACAAACCCUAUCAACUGCAGUAUGGAGAUCUGGAGGAAGCUCACCUCCUUAUCCAGAUCAGUGCUGUACCUUUGGAACACGGGGAGGUAAUUGACUGUGUGGAAGAGUUGAGCCACUCUGUUGGCAAGUUGUUUGGCCUGGCCAGCGCUGCUGUGGACCGCUGUGUCAAACUGACUGAUGGACUGGCUGUGUGUGGCCUCCUCAAAGCCCUCAAAGCCCUCUUCACCAAGUAUGUGUCGGACUUUUCCACAACACUGCAGUCAAUCAGGAAGAAGUGUAAAAUGGAGGACGCGCCGAGUUCAUUAGCUUUCCAGGAGGACUGGACUGCCUUCCAGAACUCUGUCAGGAUCAUCGCCACCUGUGGAGAACUGCUUCGACAAUGCGGAGCCUUCGAGCAGCAGCUGUCAAACAAGAUCCUGGGCACGGCAGGUAAGUACUUGUCAGAGUCGUACAGCCCACGCAGCCUUGCAGGCAUCCAGGAAGCCAGCUCCACAGAGAGGAAGAGCGCGACCAAAAACCCGUGGCAGGAAUACAACUAUCUUCAGAGGGGGAAUAUGGCUGAAUACAACAGCCUGAUGGAAGUCCUCUACUCCCUAAAGGAGAAGGGCACAGGUAACUCCAACCUGUUAGCAGAGCCCAGAGCAGCUCUGACCAGACUCAACCAGCAGGCCAACCAGCUGGCCUUUGACUCUGUCUUCUUGCAAAUCAAACACCAGCUCUGCCUUGUCUCCAAGAUGGAGAGACAAGAGGCGCCUGGUUUAGGAGAGAGCUACACAGAGGACCUGCCUACUUUCAGCCUGUCGCCGCAAGAAUACAUUACAAAUAUAGGGCAGUACCUGAUGUCUCUGCCUCUCCACUUGGAGCCAUUUGUGACUCAGGAGGACCCGGCGCUGGAGAUGGCCCUACACGCUGGGAAGCUGCCUUUCCCUCCAGAGCAAGGUGAUGACCUUCCUGAGCUGGACAACACUGCGGACUACUGGCUUGGCUCCAUAGCACGGGCAACGAUGCAGACCUACUGUGACGCCAUCCUGCUCAUCCCCCAACUGAACACCCAUUCCACUAAACAGCUGGCCACAGAUAUCGACUAUCUGAGCAAUGUGAUGGACGCUCUGGGCCUGCAGCCUUCCCGCACCCUGCAGCACAUCGUCACCCUGCUCAGGGCCAAACCAGAAGACUACAGACAGAUCGCCAAAACACUGCCUCGUCGACUGGCCUCCACCAUUGCUGCUGUUCGUUGCAUUGACUACUAACAGUGAGGUAGAGGAACACAGACUCUGUAGGUACAGCGACAGCGGGGACUCGUAGGCUUGCUUGAAAAUGAAGAAUGUGAUAUCACUAGUAGUACAGUCUCAAAUUUGAGGCUGCAGAAUUUUAGGAUUAUAGUCCUGUCUGAAGAGGCGUUUAUGGGAAUGUUAAUAAAUCAGAGUGGGUCAGACUUUUUUAUAUGGAUUCAUGGCAUUUAUGGGAAUGUUAAGAGUUUGAAAUCAGGGUAGUUCAGAGUUUUUCUUUUAUUUUAUACAGAUUAUUGUUGAAGUGUGAAUGCUCAACAGUGAUAAUGCCUUCAAGUCAAGCCAAAAGGGGAAAGUGUCUUGACCAUACAUCUUUAAUUUCUGCAUUUUUUGAAGUUGCUGAAGCAUUUAAGGAGCUAACAAAAUGUACAUCAGGGGACGCGUGAGAGCAUUUGAAAUCUACAUGACUGAUAUAUUACUUGUUAUUUGUUAUACUAAUAUAAUUCAUCUAUAUUUAAUUAUAUUAAGGUCUGAUAUGAGCUGCAUAGCUUUCUGUUAACUGCGAUUCGUAUACAGCAGUUGACUGGAAAAGUGAAGGUGAAGGAGAUCCCUCACUCCCUCUCUGGUUGUAGUAGUCAUAUAUACAAGUUUCCAUAUUUUUCCAUGCAGUAUCGUGAAAAUCUGUACAUAAAACAUUGACAUCAACACUAAAAUGGAUCCUGUUGUUAGUUUUUUUUGUCAAGCUAUUUUUAUCCUCCAGAUGAAACGGGGGUGGGAUGAGUUUGUAAUGUAAUCUAUCAAGUUUAAUAAAUGUAUGGCCUUUUCUGCUAAA